AUGUUUAGAAACACUUUGAGACUGGCUACAAGGUUCAGUCUUCGAAUACCUCAACGGUCCUUCCACAAGAGUAGUAACUUAGCUAAUAGUCUAAAAUCUACCAUUGAGAAACAACAUGAACUGCAUCAAAAGCGGAUGAGGAAUCUGAAAAUUGAAAGAUGGGUAUUUUCAAUUGCAGGUAUUUCCGCCCUUGGAUACGGUUUAUGGUACUUCUACUGGCCCCAUCAUACUUUCCCCGUAUCUGUCGCCAAGAUAUUACGUAAAGGUCUAUGGGCAGAAUCUAAUAAAGAAAGUUUCAACUACCAAAAGGCAGUUGCGUUUUACAUCGAUGCCCUUGAAGAAUGUGAUAAAAUACAUAUGAAUCCAGUCUCUGAUGAAUAUACAGGUAUUGAACUUAAAGUGGCAGAAAUGUAUGAAAAAUUGAACAUGUUUGAAGAAGCUAAUGGUAUUUAUUUAGAAUUACUCUAUCGAUUCUACGAUGCAUUGAACUCUCCAGGAAAAGUCCCCGUGGAGCAGAGACCUGAUAUGAUUAGGAGAGAUCUUAGGGUUUUGAUUAAAUCUCUGGAGCUUAAUAAGGAUCUCGCCAUUGGUAAAAGGAAUCUACUAGCACACCUGCUAUUAGCACAAGAGGAAAUUUUAAGUCGUUCCCCAGAAUUGAAAGAAUUCUUCGAAAGAAGAAAGGAAAAAGCAAAGAAUAUUUUCCAAGGAAAGGCCAUAAGCUCUACAGAUUUCAAAACUUUUGUUGAUGAAGAAAAUAUAAAGAUUAACGAUGAAGGUUACAUGAUUUUGGAUCUACAGAAAAACAGCAGUGCAUGGGAACCAUUUAAGGAAGAAUUCUUUACAGCAAGAGACCUUUACACGGCGUACUGUCUUUCCGCUAAAGAUAUUACAGCAGCAUUAAGUUGUAAAAUGACCACAGUCGAAUGGAUGGUAAUGGCCGACAUGCCACCAGGCCAGAUCUUAUUGUCUCAAGCCAAUUUGGGGUCCUUGUUGUAUUUACAAGGUGAAAAAUUCGAAGCUGAAAUAUACCAAUUGGAACAACGUUGUGGGGAAGAUCCCUCUUUGAAGAAUGAGGAUGUCAUGAUUAUAUCUCUAAGGCACCUGCAUAGAAACAGGGAUACCUGCCUCGACAUGUCCAAUCAGUGCUAUAACAGUGUAGUACAGUUUGCCAAGAGAAACAGCAAGCUAAGAUUUAAUGUGAGGGAUCAAUUAGAUCCAUCGGUUGCGCAGGCAAUUGCACUUUCAACUUAUGGGAUGGGUGUAUUGAACCUGCACCAGGGAGUAUUAGUAAAGGCAGAAAAAUUACUAAAGGAUUCUAUUACACUUGCCAGAGAGACAGAUUUUACAGAACUCCUCAAAGAAGCUGAAAAUGAGUUACAGAAGACUUCUGUAUUGAAGACCAAAAAGCAGUCUGAGCAACCACAACCCAAUUGA